GCAACUAGUUACCUGCCGCGCUUGAUAGAAAGCCUUUCUCAUGCCAACGGCAUUUCCGACGUAUUGCUUAUAUUCUCAUAUGAUUUUUUUGAUGAGCAAAYCUAUGAUUCAGUGCUAGCGAUUGAGUUUUGUAAGGUGAUGCAAAUCUUCUAUCCACAUUCCAUACAGCUGCAUCCACAUAGUUUUCCUGGCAGCGAUCCGAAUGACUGUCCCCGCAAAAUGUCGAAAUUAAAGGCCUUAAUCAUGAAUUGUAAUAAUGCUCUCAGUCCAGAUCUGCAUGGUAACUACAGAGUCGCCGAAUAUACGGAGAAGAAACAUCAUUGGUGGUGGAAGGCCAACUACGUUUUCCAUAAGCUUGAAGUAACCAAGAAUUUUACUGGUUUAGUUUUAUUCCUGGAGGAAGAUGUUAUAGUAGCAGAAGAUUUUUUGUUUGUGCUCUACAAAAUGCAGAAAUUUGCCAAGAAGCUAUGCGCGCAUUGCAAUAUUUUUAGUCUGGGUAGCGAUCUGGGUUCUCUCAAGUCUGAUUCCAAACGAGAUGAUAAUGCAUAUUCCAAGGUUCAAUAUGCAGCUUGGUCAAGUGAACAACAUGCUGUUGCAGUCGCCUUCAAUGCAAGCACCUGGUCUGAAAUCCAUACUUGUGCUCAAGAGUUUUGCACAUACGACGAUUAUAAUUGGGACAAAUCAUUGGAGCACAUAGGCGAAACGUGCAUCAAAGGCGGUCUUAAUGUGCUUACUGUCAAGAAAUCUCGGGUUUAUUCCACUCGAAAUGGCUCAUAUCUGAACAUGUCUAAGGCACAUCUGGAGCUUAGUUCAGCCAGUGAACUUGGCCAGCUUUAUCCGACCACACUCAAAUUAUCCAGAUCAAUUCUAAAAGCUGCAACUCAGCAGCCUAUCGAGGUCAUAAAAAGUGGGGAUUGGAGUGAUCCACGUGAUCAUCGGCUUUGCUUAAACUCAGCUUAUGGCUAA